GUGGUUCCUUCGAUUUAUUUUGACAUUUUAUUUAGGUUUAUUUAUUUUACGUAUUUUUAGGUAUUUUUAGCUUUAUCGCGAAUGAGAAAGAAAAAAAAGAUGAUCGAUUCGGUUGUUCGAGAAAAAUUUGUCUUGGUGCAAGCGUGGCGUAACAUCACUAUAUAAAGCUGAGAAGUUCGAUAUGUUAAUCAUAGUAGUUUCAGUCGUUGGUCGUUCGAAAAAGUCUCGAAAUCAAAUAUGUCUCGAAUCAUCUUCAUUUUGCUCGUCGCUAUGGCGAUUUUCUCCAGUUCAUUUGGCGAGGAGUGUGGACCAAACGAGGUGUUCAAUACGUGUGGGUCGGCGUGUGCACCCACAUGUGCCGAACCAAAAACGCGUAUUUGUACCAUGCAAUGUCGUAUCGGUUGUCAAUGUCAGGAAGGAUUCUUGAGAAACGGCGAAGGAGCAUGUGUCCUUCCACAAAAUUGUUAAAAUUUCCUUCGCUUGAUUGGAAUUCACUCUUCGCUUUCUUCUCGUUUUCUUUCGCUUUCUUUGUUUUUUUUGUUAUCGUUUGCUUUUCUAUGUUAUCUUUUCUAAUUCAAAACAGUAUAUAUACAUGUAUAUAUAAAUAAAUAAUAAACUGUCGUUUCAAAAGCUUUA